AUGGACGGUGUGCGUAUGUCUUGCCUCAAUAUAGCUCUGGUCUUCGAGCAAAGGUCGUCCUACCUUCAACUCGGUUAUUCAGAAGAGCAGUGCGCGGCUCUCACCCACGAUGAUGAAAUCGAUGCUGUCAGGACUACACUCGAGCGUCUGGGUCACCAUGUCACGCUGGUACCUGGCAUUCAGUUUCUGGUCCAGCUACUAGCUGCAGGAAAGGAUAAGGGCUGGGAUUUGGUAUUUAAUAUGGCGCAAGGGUUUCAUGGUUCUGCGAGGGAGUCGCAGGUGCCGGCGGUCUUGGAAGCGUACCAACUUCCUUACACAUUCAGCGAUGCUGCGACAAUGACAUUGUGCCAGAACAAGCCAAUCACUAAGAUUAUCCUAGAUCGUCAUAUGAUCCCUAAUGCGCCUUUUACCGUGAUCCCCAUGCUGGACGGCGCGGCGGACUUCCCUGAGCAUUUCGCAGCACUGCCAUCUUAUCCGCUAUUUGUCAAGCCGGGCACCGAAGGUUCCUCGAAAGGAAUCGAAGGUUUCAACAAAGUGAAAAACCUUGCGGAAUUAAAACUGGCCGUACGGGAAUUAGCUCACAAAUUUCCGAGCCAGGAUAUCCUUGUGGAAUCCUUUUUGUCGGGCCGGGAAUUUACAGUGAGCAUACUGGGAACGGGGCUGCAUAGCCGAGUGAUAGGUAUCAGAGAGCAUAUCUGGCAAAUGUCCCCCGAUCACAGCAACAAGAAUGGUUACCACACCAAUCGUGCGCUGGAUUUUGCUAGCAGAGAGAGCAAAUCUAGCAACGGAGGUAAGAUUUUAUUGUAUAACGAUUCGCACGACAUGGACGAACCGCAAAUCAAAGCUGCCUGUCAGGUUGCUUUACAUACUUGGAAAGCCUUCAACUGUCGUGAUAGUGGGCGUGUCGACAUUCGCUUUGAUUCAGACAAGCCAGGCGCUAUCCCAAACGUAUUAGAGGUGAAUCCUAUCGCUGGCCUUCUUCCAGAUCAUUCGCCACUACCAGCGACGGCGAAGAUAAACGGCCUGUCCUUCAAGCAACUUUUGUCUGAAAUUAUUGGAAGUGCACUUCAAAGAACGCCUUAUAAAAAUGUUCGGUAA